UGGCGGCGGUGCUGUGACCCUCCGAGUGACCGCCGGUGACGCGGAGAAGUGACUCACGCUCCCCGCGGCGGUCCUCUGGUCGGCGAACACGGCUGACUUUGUCGCGGCCAGCGCCUGACUGCUGAAAACAUGGUGGGAUGAACUCCCCUUCCAGCGCCUCCGGCGGCACCGCCCCCGUCUCUGGUGACGUCACACCUUCGCGGCCCAGUUACGUCGCUCCGACCGAGGCGCGACGCGGCUCCAAGGAGGGCCGGACGGAUGCCGUGGAGCGGGAGCUGAUUGAGAACCCGAUGUACGGCAUGGCGGGCAGCAUCGAUGACCUCUGCUCGGCGAAGCGACCGCUCGGGGAAGAGCAGUGCUCUAUCCGAGCCUCGCCCAAGGAUCAGAGGUUCCUGGCUUCGGAGGUGCCUGCUUACAAGCGUUGGCACUCGGCGCCCGACGGUCACGUGACCCUACGGGACGUGACGUCACGGCCGCGGCUGCUGCACCAGGAGAGCCGAGUGGAUAUGGUGAAGAGCUACAUGAGGCAGGCGACGAAGCACUUCUUCGGGCUGGACGAGAGCGAAGAUGAGCGCAACCAGGCGCGCUGGUUGGACCGGAGGCGGCGGCUGGCGGCCAGGGCGUACGGGCAGCUCAGGCAGGACCCGUGUCAGGACCUGGAUCCCUACGUUUCGCCCGCCUACCACCCAAGGUCGCUGUCGGACUACGGUGACGUCACAGACUCGUCCAACAUGGCUGCCCUCAGAAGGUGCCGACGCAAGGAGCACGUGGCCAAAAUGACGUGUCGAGGCCUGGGAUAUCUAUCGACGCUGGUGGCCCGCGGGCGUCUCGGCUCGGCGUCGCAGCGCACCCAGUCGCGCAGCUUCGUGCCCUCCCGCGCGGCCGAGCUGCCGGAGUUCGCGCGCCAGAUCUGA